GGAGUGGGUCUCCUGCCCAAAAUGCUCGCAUCUUGGGGCGUUUUCUUCAGUGCGCCUUUGAUCCCUCUCCAAAACCUCGCCUCCAUCGCCUCGUGCGCGUGACCGGUGGCCGGCGCCCCAUGGAGACGUCCGGCGACGGGCCCGGAUGUGCUGGAGCCUGGAGGUCACCCUUGCCUUCGCGGCCGCCGAGACCCUGGCACUGCUGGCGUUGGUGGGGCGCGCGCGGCGCUAUGAUAGGGCCAAUGCUUUCCUGAUUUUGCCCCUGGUGUUGCAGGAGUGGCUGCAGGUGAUUUUGUGGAUGCAUAUCGGCGAGACGGCGACGGAGUGUGAUGGCACCAACCAGGCUGCCUCCGCGUGGGUGGCCUAUGUGGUCUGCGCGGUGCCCGCAUGGAUCAGCCUGCAGCCUUUGCUAGGUGCUCCGCAUGAGCUUUCGGAUGAGCACCGGCAGAUGUGCCGCAGCUUUGUUGCCAUGGCCAUUCUUUGUGGGCUGUGCGGUGCGCUGGUGCAGUUGCUGGGAAGCAGCUUCAGGUGGAUGAGCUCGGUCUGCACCUAUGUGGGGCCCUGGCAUCAUCAGAUUUGGCCAGUCAUGAACAUCCAAUACAACAUCUUCCCCGGCUUUCUGGGCUCUUUGAUCGGGAAGGUCUUGUCUGCUGGGAACCUGCUGCUCUAUAUGAUCUGCAGCAUAGGGGGCUUCUUGGCGCAUCGGCCCUCCUACGUGCUGCCGGCCUUGGCGAUGGUGGGCCUCAGCGCGGAGCUGUUGAUCUUGGUUCUGGGGCCUGAGUGGGGCUCUUUCUGGUGCUUCCAAGCCUCUGGCCUCUCCUUUGUUGCCCUAUUGGAGCCCUGGCUCUUUGAGUCCUUGGGUGAGCCGAACCUCAUGCAGGCCUCGUUCGCGGCUCCGAGGGAGGCGAGAGACGGCGAGAUGGCGGCGACGGCGCUGGGGAAGGAGGAAGAGGAAGACUCUCUGGUGUAGGCGGGGAGACAGUUGAAUGGUUGAUGGUUCUUGGUGUUUUCGUUAUUUUCAGACUCUGGACUUUGGACUUUGGAAUUUUGGUGAAGAACUUCCAAGUCACGGACACACCAGAUCUGCAUCAAACGACUUUUUUGAAGCCGGAGGCCACGCGCGUCGAAAUUUUCACUCCAGAUCUACAGGGCUUCCGAAAGGACUUUCUGUGUUUGGGAUGUCUUUGAGGCAUUGGGUGCUUUGCCAAACGUGUGAAGGUAUGGGAAGGUAGCUGCAGGUUGGUGAAGGCAUUGCAUCAAGUGUGCUCCCUUUGGCUUCAUGCUCUUCAGGGAUGGAAGCUCCCGGUCGUUGCGGUGUGAGUCAACCGCUGGCUCCGUGCCGCCGACAUCACCACAUUACACCUUACGUCCGACCGCCGACGUCGGAAUCAAUUCACCACUCUACAGCCUCGCAAGUCGCACCAGAUUGCACAGGAAAAAAAGCACAAGAGUAAAAGAACAACAGAUCACCUCAAAGCAAUGAUAAUCAGAGAUCACGAAAUCACGCGCAUGUCGCCCCACAGACUCUUUCACCUUGCACAAACGGAUCCACGAUCCGCCACCAAAUCUCCAACCACGCAGCAUGCAUCAGCUAGCAGGAGUUGCUCGGAGACAAACAAAGCAAGUUUUUGGCUACCGAAUCGGAUACGGUGGGGGAUCCCUCCAAGCUGUGGCUCCCUGUCGGAGAACUAAUUGGUCCAGUUCACUCCGGUCGCCGUAAAACACAACGUCCUCGCGACGACGUUCCGUGCGUCUGUGUUCGUCGAUCAAAGGAGCAAAGUAGACCUGCACAGUGCAGGAGAUAGGAGAUAGGGGCCCAAGUCGAAGCGGAUACAUUUAACCUCGGCUUUCUUGUGUCCUUCCCCAAAGAACGACAUGCGUUCUUUGUUCUUCUUUCACUCCUUUCUCCCCUGGCCAUGCUAGUUUUCGCUACCAAACCCCCGUCCUCAAAUAUUCUUUGGAACUCGACCACAUUCCUUGAGGUUGUUGCGUGACAUCGCCACUGGAGCCCACGGACAGAUUCAGUGCUCAGAACAGUGGCUCCUUCAACUCCACUGGAUUCGUCACAAAUUCGUCACGCCACACUCGUGGAGCAAGGCCUAUCCAACCUUUGAGCAGAAUGUCCUGACCUGCCACUGCUAUGGCUAUGG